GAUUAUGGCUAUUUUGAGACAUCUUCGGAAUCACAGACUCCUUACCAGAUUAGACGGAUUAAAGAAUUUAUCAAGCUACCUGAUGGUAACUUUGAAGUUAGAGCUUUAUGCUACUAUCGACGUCGCGAUCUACCUCAAGCUUUACACGCUCUUGCAGAUAGAACCACGAACUAUCAAUUAAGGCAAGACAACAAUCCUGAAAUGACUGAUGAAACUGCUUUAACUGAAUUCAAGCAUCGUGAAGUAUUUCUAUCGCGCCAUAUAGAAUCACUACCUACUAGCUGUAUCCGUGGGAAAUGUACAGUUAGACUUUUAAGUGAAGUAGAAACCAUCGACAAUUAUUUAAAGGAGCCUGAUACUUUCUAUUACACUUUAAUAUUUGAUCCACAACUAAAAACGCUUGUACCUGAUCAAGCCAAUAUUCGUAUUGGUUCUGAUUAUCAAGCUGUUGUUCCAAUGGAUACUACAGAAGUGGAUCAUACUAUUUGCGAAGAUGUCGAAACACUACAAUGGACUUCUAACAAUUUAUUGACUGACGAAGAAAUUGACCAGUUCGGAUUGGUUACAAAAUCCGUUGGAACAUUUGCACGUGCAUUAGAGCAGAGCACUUCUAUUACCCAGCCAAGUUUACACAUUACAGCUGCUGCUGCCUGUCGUGAUACGACACGGCUAUUUGCAAUGAAAACUUUACAUGAGAAUUCCUACGAUAUAGCCAAAGCUACUUCAUCAUUAGUACCUGCCACUGGGCCAGUCUAUUGCAUGGAUGAAAUGGAACAAUGGUCAAUUGAUGAAGCAAAACGCUUCGAGGAAGGAUUGCAUAAAUACGGAAAGGAUUUUCUAGAUCUUCAACAAGAAUUUCUACCUUGGAAACCGAUUGGAUGUAUUAUCGAGUACUACUACAUGUGGAAAACAAGCGAUCGUUAUCUAGAGCAGAAAAGACUGAAAGUACUAACAAAGCAACAUAGUGUCAAGCAGAUUACCAUAACCCCAAGAGAAUCUAGAUCUGAAAAUACUACCGCUAAUUCGAAAAAAGUGGCUAUUAUGAACGGAAAUGGCCCGGAUUCGCGGGUACAAGAUUGGUUAAACCAGUUCCAAAACUGUAUCAAUUGCUCGAUAACAUCUUCAACUUCUUGGCAUACAUGGAAUGUUGCUAAUUCAAAUUGUAAAUUAUGUUCUAAUUGUUGGUGGUACUGGAAGAAAUUUGGAUGUUUUAAAAUAAUUCCUAAAGGUGAUAUUCACAAAUUUCCGUUAAUAAUGUUUACAGUAAAUAAACACUGCUUGAAUCGUCACUUAUCCUUAACUCAUGAUAUGGUACCGCCAGUAAAAAAAAUUUCCAAGGCAUCACAACUACGACCUAAGGUCGAAUUUUCGAUGCGUUCGACGUUAGCUACAAAAAUAGCUAGAAGAUUGUAUAAACAGUUAAAGACUAUUAAACAUAUGGCCAGAAAGCCACUAGAUGCUAUUGACAUCACCGCAAUUCAAACACUUUGUAAGGGCUAUAAAUUCGUCCUUGUUAGAAUAAUGCUGGGAAAUAAAAUCAUUACUGAUAUUAGCAUAUUUCAAAUUAAUAACCUGCUCAGAUUUAAAAAUUGGAACUAUACCGUACCAAAGAUUUGUUAUUCCUCAAAAAAAUCGCCCCUCGAUAGCCGAUGUUGUAAAAAAGUUAAGCCGGGUUGA